AUGGACAAGACAGCCAUCUACAAACGAGUUCAGGAACAUUAUGGCUUGGCUGCCAAAAGUACCGACACAGCUUAUAGCCAAACUGUAGCAAAAGCGUUUGGAUAUAGCGCAGAAGAGCUCGCCAUGGCUCCCGGAGAAGCAAAUCUUGGUCUCAGCUGUGGGAAUCCCGUAGCCAUCGCGAAUCUCAGAGAGGGAGAAACCGUGGUAGACCUCGGGAGUGGCGCUGGUUUCGAUGUAUUCCUCGCUGCCAGGAAAGUCGGUGCCCAAGGGAAGGCUAUUGGGAUAGACAUGAACAAGGAUAUGCUCGAGCGGGCAAACCAGAACAAGGCAAAAGCCAAGGCUGACAACGCAUCGUUCAUUGAGUCGAAUAUUACGAAAAUUGCCCUUCCAGACGCCACAGCAGACUGCAUCAUCAGCAAUUGUGUGGUGAAUCUUGUGCCCGAGGGGGAGAAACAGCUCGUUUUCAACGAAAUGUUUCGACUGCUGAAGCCCGGCGGCCGCUUGGCUAUUAGUGACUUACUCGUCAAAAAGGAUCUGUCGGAGGAGCUGAAAGCGAACAUGGCCUUGUAUGUUGGGUGCGUCGCUGGCGCAAGCAGAAUGCAUGACUAUGAAACAUACCUCCGAAGAGCUGGCUUUAGUGAUACUCUGAUUGCAGACUCCCACGUCGAUCUUAACGUCUAUUUGCAAGCAAAAGAGGGGAGUUCAGGCGGCAGUUGUUGUGGUGAGAGCUCGGAAGGUGCUUGCUGCGAGAAGAGCCCGUCUUGCUGCAACAAGCGAGACACGGAUCCCGGUGAUGUCUUGGAGUUGUCUAAGCUGGAUCUGAAUGAACUGGCAGGCUCUUUCAAAGUCUAUGCCAUCAAGGCAUAA